AUGAACAGGUUUUUCGAUAAAACCCGCACGCUGCAGAAAACUAUCGACCGCUGUGAAGAAAUACAAGCGAAUGCCGAAAAACGUUCUGAUUCUGUAGGAAACUUGGUUGACGUUUUAAGCUCCUUUAAAACCAUUGGCGAUAAUGUAUUAUCAAACGCACCAGACACUAUUGGUGCCGUUUGGUUCGCAAUCGGAUUCGUUAUAAAGAUUGUUGCAGAUCAUGGCGAGACUUGUCGGAUUGUUGCCGAUGUUUAUAACCAAGUCUCUAAGAUUGCGAUAGCAUCUCUUCUAUAUGAGGAGAGGUGUUCUCGCCUGGAAUCGAGGGGUACUGGAGAUGGCAACCUUGCCGCUCUGGAGAAAAUAAUUGUAGACAACAUUGCAGCUCUCAUCUGUGAAAUCCUCGAGUUCUUCUGGAAUACACAGCGAUGGGCGGUCAAACUUCAAUCUACUUCCACUGAACCCGGAAAGGACGAUGAGCCACUCGAGCCAAAGUUGACUCGCGCCCCCACAAUGCGCGUGGAGUCGGAGACGAAAGCUAAAACUAAAGGUUUGGGACACGCUAUUGGGCAAAGUGUGAAAACUGCUGGUAAAAAGGCGGGCGGGGUUCUAAAAGAUUCAGUUAGGACUGGAAUAGACGCUGUCAAGAGCGGGAGAGACAAGAUUAUAGAAGCCCUGACGGGCGAGUUAAAGGAGAAGGCACAGAAUAUCCUCCUGCUAUACGACGCCCUCCACGCUGACGGUUCAGUACACUUUGAGCAAACGGUUUGGGAUAGCAUGCAAAAUAUGGGUGAGGAUGGUAAGAAUCCGGGUGUAUCUGCUCUCACCUUGUAUCCCAUGAACCUGAUCACCGAGUUGAAACUAAUACUUGUUCAUUCUAUGCUAGUACGAAAUCAUUUGAAAGAUUUCAAAACAGGAUUAAAUAAUAGUCUCCAAUCUCUCGAAGAUUCCAUGAAAAGAUUUGAAGAGAAGCAAGAUAUUGGCCUUGAGAACGACGUGAAUAUUCUGAAGGGAGUUCAGGAUGUCCAGGAAGGCAUCAAGAUCUUACAAGAUGCAAAAAAACCACAGAUUUUUGAACGGUAUAUCAGCUGUUUUCGAAGAUCCGAAGCUCAUGAAAAUUUGAUCCAGACACUACGUACGAAAAAGGACCAGGAUGGGGCAGCGAAUGAUCGCUCUUGGCUUCUUAAGCAAGAGGUAUACAAAAAUUGGAAGUCAUGUUCUCCCAAAUCGAGCAAGAUAAUAUGCCUGAAAGCUGAGAGGGGACACGGAAAGACGAUGACUUUACUUUCUGUGACAAGCGACCUAGAAACUUACAGCGACCUUAAACCAGACUCAACAUUUGUGCUACGCUUCUUCUUUAAGUUAGGAGAUAACGAGCUUCAGUCCAUACUUCGAGCGUUUGAGAGCCUCUUGAGGCAGCUCCUGAGAAAAUUUUCAGAUGGUGAAGCCUCACAGACGCAAUAUGAUGAAAAAUUGGAACGAAUAUGUAAGGUUUUAGAGGAGAAUGGCAUCGAAAAGAUCUACCAGGAAACUCAAAACAUUACAAUCAAAAAUGACGCAGCAGUCUCCGAAGAGAACAAGAAUCUGAUGUUGAUUGGUAAAAUGAUUUCACAGAUAUCUACAGAACUAAACCUUCGAUUAUACAUUGUUCUAGAUGCGCUAGAUGAAUGUCAUGAUUUGAAAGUCUCUAACAUAGCUCGUUGUCUCAAAGAUCUGGCCUACUCGGAAGCAUCGAAUAUCUGGGUUAUCGUCUCUACGAGGACCAGUUCUCAAAGCAAGACAGGUAUCGAAGAAGAACUUCAGCAAAAUGGUGUCGCCCUCGAUCGAUCUAUUUUUCAACAAAACAGCCCUUCCGCGGACAUUGUGACACUUUCAAACAAAGAAAACACCGAGGAACUUCAGAGAUUUUUGGAACUUAAGCUCCGAGAUUUAGUCAGUCGUCGAGUUAGAAACUCGACAAACGUUCCAAACAUUGCUGAACCAGGGGCUGGUAAUUUUACUAGCUCGGGGACAGUUAAUGAAGUUAUGGAUAACAUGGUUGCAAGUCUAGCCAAAGACAUCAAUAAAAUCGUUCAUGGCGACUUUUCAUACGCAAAUAUGCUCAUUGCAAAUCUUCAGGAGCCAUCUAAAAGAACCCUCAAGGCUAGAAUCAAGGAACUUGAGGGUAGAGGCUUAGAGGAUAUGUACAAGAGAAACCUCGAUGUUCUUAGUCCUGGGAAGCGUAGUCUGAUUCUAUUUGCUCUAAAAUGGGUGGUGUGGAGUGUAUCUGAUAUCACCGCCAUCGAAAUAGCAGAACAUUACAAGGAAGUAUAUCACGAGACAGAGGAGCCGGAUGGUAACUUUAUACAACCUGAUUACGAUCCUAGCGAUGACCCUGAAAUCAGAGAGAUAAUUUCUCAUCUUCGAACUGCCGGCCAUGAUUUCUUCAGCUUUAGCGGCGAUAACGACCCCGUGACGGCGCAUGCAUCAGUUGGGGAAUGGAUACAGAAAGGUUCCAGUCGGCCCGUCAAUCUGGUAGGCUCAGAAGCUUGUAUUGUCAAGUCUGUAGGGGGGCGUCUAGUUUUCGAGAUUGCGGUACCAUCGGAGAGUAUUCCGAAGGACCAUAAUGAACUCUCGGAAUUGAUGAGUGAAGAGGCAUCACACCUAUCAAUAGCCUCUGACAUUUUACGCGCUCUAACCAGCAAGAGUUUCCAUGCUCGACACAUGCCUUGGAACCCACCAAAAGAAUCUGCAGAGAGAUAUUGGAAUAAAAUGUUUCCAGAAUUGCAAGAGAUUAAAGAUUCUAUAAAAGAUGAUAACCAGCCUAAGGGGAACCAAGGGGGCCAUGGAGGCGAAAGUUCCAAGCGGCGAAGGUAUGAAAUACGCCAUUGGCAUGACCAUAUAAAGGCUUUGCAACAACACCAACGCGGCGAUAUCUUCGAGGAAGUCAAGAACUCGAAAUGGGGUUCUCUAAGAUCUUUACUCGAAAAGUUCAUGAAACCGGAUAGUUGGUGCCGUUGGUGCGUUCAGAGAAACCUAUUUGACGGGCUUGGGAAGAUGUCAUAUCUACCAAAUUUCUAUCAGGGGCCGAUUCACGUAGCUUCCCAGUUCGGUCUUCGAUUCCUUAUUGCAUGUAUUGUUCAUAUUUAUACUUCAAAAAAAGCAGAAGACCAUCGAAACAACCCAUACGAAAAAGUGGGCCCCGGACAAUCUACUACGGAAUCGGUUGGCGAGGGUAAUGGGAUUCUUGAUCAGUGUGAUGGUUUCGGGCUUACACCCUUGGUCCUGGCGAUAAAGGACCCAAAGACCGUGGAAUGUCUAUUGAACGCUGGGGCAAAAGCUGACAAAAUAUAUCACGUUAUUACCGUACAUACAAGCCCGGACGGUACCGAUAUGGCCCCGGUGGGUAUCGAUACGGCCCCGGCGGGCCCGGGAUCCACUCCCCUAGAAACUGCGCUAGGGCUCGCUAGGCGCGCGGAGGCCACGGGCCACGUGCACAUGGAGUCACUCGAAACAGUGCAGCUUCUGCUCAAAUAUGGGGCUAAAGAUCGAAUAUCAGCUGUCCUGGAAGAUAGUAUUCCUUGGGCUAUGGCGGAGGGUGAGGACUCAACGAAAGAAAUAGUUACAGAACUUCAAAAGAAAUAUUCCGAAAUUACUGCGACCGUUCUCAAAAUCCACGACAAUGAAAAUGAGCCACUGGAUAUAGAUGUGAAGACUCUAUAUUUAUUUGCAAUGAUGGCGAUAGCUGGGUUUCCUACUCAAGCGCAAGCGAUCUGGGAUCGUGCAGAAUACCUCCUUAAUCUGGGAGAAAACGUUGCCGGAAUUCAGGACGCAAAUGCUCUAACUCCGCUUCAUAUUCUUGUGCGAGCUGUCUAUGACCAUCCAGACUAUGCAGAAACUUUCAUCCCUUUGAUCGAGCAGUUGGUGAAAAGAGGUGCCGAUCCACUUGUGUCUUUUACUGGUUCAAAACGGGAUAUUCAUUUUGGAAAUCCCGUCCUUCUAGCGGUGCAGGCACGGAACUCGAAACUCAUCGACAUAUUUCUCCGACAAGGAGAGGGUGCCUUCCUAAAGAAAAGUUUAUCAGGGGCUUGCGUAAUGCAUUAUUUCUUUAGGGGAGAACACAAAGCUAUGUCCGAGGAGGAUAGGGAGAUAUUCCAACUCCUUGCCAACAUAUCCCCAAGGUCAGAAGCACUAACCACGAAUGAAGCCUAUAUUGACUCAAGCCCGAGACCUGUGGAAAGCUAUCCGAAUCGUAAUGAUACGACAAAAGUGCCGUAUUUCAUCAAUGCUGAAGACAAUGAUAGCCGCGAACCUCUUUCUUGGGCUGUUCAAUAUUGCGAUAAGGAUGGCGUCAAUCUUCUCCUCCAGAACGGGGCGGACGUAAAUGACGGCGAUGAACAGGGACGUACAGCGCUAUACUACCUUGCCCAAAGUCCAGCAAAUUUUACAGAUAGUAUUGCCAUCCUUCAGGACCUUCAUAAAUUUGGAGCGGAUAUGAGAAUUUCAACCAUAAGACAAGUAACAGUGUUCGCCGAAGCAGUCUACAGGCAACCUCCGCCAGUACUUCGUGAGUUCAUCAGGAUACUGCCCCGGAUUGGCCACGGCCAAAAGGUAGAAUCAGGUUACCCACAUUGUGCGCAGGAGCCUGGGGGGGUCGAUAAAGAUUAUUUAUUACAAGCUGACGAUGAAGGAAGAAACUUCUUGCAUUGUGCAGCAGAUCGGAAGGAUAGGGACAAAGUGGAUAUAUCAGAUAUCUUGGAAGAGCUGAUUCAGUCUCUCGCAGAAGAUGUUCAAAAGAAGCUACUCUCCCAAGAAACCUCCAGCCGAGAUACUCCACUCACCCUGGCCGCACACCAAUUGAAUUUUCCUCUUAUCAAUAUGCUCCUGAAGUACUCGUCAGCAGAGGAACAGACACUGAUAGAGCCACAGGGCUCCGGGAAAAAAUCACCUUUACAAGCUAUCGCAGAGAAUCUUAGAAAAUUAGACUACAAGAUUUCCCGAGCGAACAAUGAUGAGGAAACUAAGGGUAAAGAAGAAAGCCUCGAGCCGAGCUCCACGAAUCCUCAAAACAAAAAUGAAGCCGAAAAACCCUCAGGAAAAUGCUUGAACCGAAUCGAUUACGAAAGUACAAUGAUCGCUCUAUUGUCAAUGAGCAACAGUAACACAGAAGACAACUCAACUCUCAUCCGUCUAAGGGGAUUCGCCAUUCAAAUGUCAUGGUUUCAAUUCCUUCAAGAGCUUGAGGCGCGAACUGGAAUCACUUUGGAAACUUUGGAUGAGCAUGGGUGGAACGCUUUUCAUAUUGCAAGAUAUCACGGGAUAGAUUCAUCAUUGAUUGGAGGUGCUCCAGGAGCAGAACCAGGGAACUCACCGCCAGGUCCCAUGAAGCUACAAACCAAUUCCCUGGGUGUUGCGGAUAUAAGCCAAGAUGGCCUUGAAAUUACAUCGUUAUCAGAAGAGGCAUUGGUUGUGGAGGCAGAUCACCCGAUAAAUCUUUUUUCUGGGAGAUAUUACUUUGAAGUACAAGUGAAAACUAUUACCCAGUCGACGGGUGACCGUGACAGCUUGUAUGUUUUCUCAGAUUCCAGCCGAAACUGA